CAAAAGCAUCAGAGUCUUAAAUGUUAAUACUUUGCAGCUCAAGAAUGGCAGAAGUUUUCUUUCCCUGUGUCAGAAGUGCUGCUACAUGAUAUUGUCUCAACAGCAGACUUUGCAAUAUGGCAGUGCAUUGCACGAAUUGUUGAGUACAUAUUUCGUUCUGGACGUGAUGGAUGGACAGAAGAGGCGGCGAAUGCAGACAUCGAUUUUGUUUACGACACAACAUUUUGCUGGAAGAAAGUUACGGUCUGCGGGCAUGUACGGUAGUUGUGCACAAUUUGAUUCAUUUGAAGGACUGCGUUCACCGCUUUGGCAGCCUAGACAAUUAUUGGUGCUAUGUUUUUGAGAGAGCAGUUCAACGGUACACCAAGACUCCACACAACUGCAAGAACAUUGAGCACACUUUGCCACAUUUUGAAGUACAGAGAGAAUUUUUGUCAAGUCACUCUAGACAGCUCCCUGAUUCCACUCUUGAACCAGAUGUACUGAGAGACACAAAUAGAUUGUUGUGGGCCAAGACACAAGCAAGUCUCCAAUUCUGAUUGGUUCCUUGCACUCCAUACAAGUUGAAGGAGACAUUCUUAACUGACUGAUGUCUUGUUUCGUUGUACACAAGCAUUCAGAUCGAAU